GCCAACAUAUAUUUAAUGUGAUUUCGAAAGUUCGACACACGCAGUGCCGGUGAGUGAAUGCAUCGCAAUGCAAGAAUGGAACAUGCGUGACGAAGCAUGCUCAAACAUGGAGGUAUGCCAAUAUCAAGAAAUGUACAUGACAAGGCAAGUAUGCUCAUGAGAAUGCGAGUUAUGUGCAUGAUAGCGCGAAACGAGCAUGAAUCAGGGUGUUCACUUGUCAUGAAACAACGAGUACGGAAAUGCGUGUUUCGGCGAAGGCAACCCAAUUACGGCCUCCGAUCCGCUUCCCUGAAAGGUUACAACUCAUUCAAAAAGGAUACACUUUGAUUUCGAUGAAUGAUGAUGAGACAUAUGUCAGAACUUGAAGCUGAAGUCCCGACGGAGCAAUUUCGCGACCGGAAGUGUACUUUUCUUGAACUUUUUCAGGUCCCGGGAACUCCGAUCUUCCUCAAAAUUUGCAGAGAGCUAGGUGGGCAUGUGGGGGACAUGGCCGGCCGUUUAUCUUCCCAUGGAGAGGUGGCCAACCGGUUUCCAAUAAAGCUAAAGGCUGGCCGGCCAUUUCUGCAAAAAACAGAUAGCUGGCCAGCUAGAAAUAGGGGCCGGCCGGCCAUGUGCUUUAUCCGGGGGUAUUUUGGUCUUUUUCACUCCCUUUUUGCAUGCUUCUUCAACCAAGACCUUGAGCCUAUAAAAGGCAGCCGAGGCCCCCUUCCUUUCUUGCCUUCUACAACACUUUCCUCUCCAGAUCUGAGUUUCACGCGCGUUUUCCAACGCCCCGUGCAAAUUGUUUUCGCCAAAACACUAAGUUUCAAGCACUUUGGAGCGAUUAAAUUUCGGUUUCGGAGCUUCUUUUUACAUUUUCGCCACUUGAGGUAAGUUCAUCUCAAUAUUUGGAAUAUUUUCUUGGGGGUUGACUUUUUGUUGACUUUUCAUUUCCCGAGGGUUGACUUUUGUUGACUUUUUCUAAUUUUGGCCCAUUUUGCUCAUUUCUGCUCCCUUUUACAGAUUCUUUGAAAAUGGCAGGCAAUUCUCCCCACGGCGGAGGUUUUCCAGGUGCCGGAGAUGAUUUCGAUCCCAUGACUCUACCCCCGAGGACCCGACCUUUCAUUCCCGGGAGGUACCGUCCGCCAGCACACGUCCUCCCUCGUGCUGUCUUCCGUCACUUUACCAAUUUUGACGAGCGAGCACCCGGGGAUCUGCUUCUCAGAGAGCCGGAGCAGCAUCUCUCUCACGAGGCCCGAGAGGUUGGUUCCCGCAGUGUGCGGGGGUAUGGUUCCACCAUCGCACGGGACUGGUAUGCUGAGCUCCCGGAGGCCGUCCGAGAUUUGGUAGAUAUGGCAGGAUUCGAGCCCUUCUGCGUCGGGUUGUCACGUUGUCCUGCCAGGAGGACACUGAUGGCGGCCCUAGUAGAGAGAUGGUGGGACACCACCAACGUCCGAGACUUAGUAGAUUUGGCAGGAUUCGGGCCCUUCUGCGUCGGGUUGUCACACUUCGCUGUGUUGACUGGCUUAGACAUCGGAGGUUGGUCCAUCCCCUACGAUGAGGAUAUGGGCGAGUGGGAGGCCGCCUGGAUGUAUCUAUUGGGGGUUCGCCCACCUGUUGAUAGGGUCUCUGGGAGAGUCUGA